AUGGUUGCAUGGGCGGGGGAUGGUUGCAUGGGCGGGGAUGAGUGCAUGGGGGAUGAGUGCAUGGGCGGGGAUGAGUGCAUGGGCGGGGAUGGUUGCAUGGGCGGGGAUGAGUGCAUGGGCGGGGAUGAGUGCAUGGGCGGGGAUGAGUGCAUGGGCGGGGAUGGUUGCAUGGGCGGGGAUGAGUGCAUGGGCGGGGAUGAGUGCAUGGGCGGGGAUGAGUGCAUGGGCGGGGAUGAGUGCAUGGGCGGGGAUGAGUGCAUGGGCGGGGAUGGUUGCAUGGGCGGGGAUGAGUGCAUGGGCGGGGAUGAGUGCAUGGGCGGGGAUGAGUGCAUGGGCGGGGAUGGUUGCAUGGGCGGGGAUGAGUGCAUGGGCGGGGAUGAGUGCAUGGGCGGGGAUGAGUGCAUGGGCGGGGAUGAGUGCAUGGGCGGGGAUGAGUGCAUGUGCGGGGAUGGUUGCAUGGGCGGGGAUGAGUGCAUGGGCGGGGAUGAGUGCAUGGGCGGGGAUGGUUGCAUGGGCGGGGAUGAUGCAUGGGCGGGGAUGGUUGCAUGGGCGGGGAUGAGUGCAUGGGCGGGGAUGAGUGCAUGGGCGGGGAUGAGUGCAUGGGCGGGGAUGGUUGCAUGGGCGGGGAUGAGUGCAUGGGCGGGGAUGGUUGCAUGGGCGGGGAUGAGUGCAUGGGCGGGGAUGGUUGCUAUGGGCGGGGAUGGUUGCAUGGGCGGGGAUGAGUGCAUGGGCGGGGAUGAGUGCAUGGGCGGGGAUGGUUGCAUGGGCGGGGAUGAGUGCAUGGGCGGGGAUGGUUGCAUGGGCGGGGAUGGUUGCAUGGGCGGGGAUGAGUGCAUGGGCGGGGAUGAGUGCAUGGGCGGGGAUGGUUGCAUGGGCGGGGAUGAGUGCAUGGGCGGGGAUGGUUGCAUGGGCGGGGAUGGUUGCAUGGGCGGGGAUGAGUGCAUGGGCGGGGAUGAGUGCAUGGGCGGGGAUGAGUUGCAUGGGCGGGGAUGUUGCUAUGGGCGGGGAUGA